CAGUUCGUCACAGCAAAGUUUUCAGAUCAUGUUUUCCGCGUCUUCAAUUUAAUUGCCAGAAGUAUUGCCAGAAGUAACUUGCCAGCAUGCCGAAAAGUACCACAGAAGAGCUGACGAAGUCUAGCGACAAGCGUGGGAGGAGUUCCAGUAGGAGUUCAACGCAUGCUCCUCUCCAUUUUGCUGUCCACAAGCCAGGGUGCCACUUUGAGAGCUGCUGUGGGGUCUGCAACCUGUUCCCUGGGGUACUCCUCAUUGCAUUUUGCCAGGUGCUUGUGGGAUCCAUUUUACUGACGCUGAUUCUAACGCACGGAAAACAAUACGACGAAAUGCACCAAACUCCUAUGUCGCAAUUCAUGAGCAUAGCGACUGGCGCGGUCCUGAGUGGCGUGACUGGCGCAGGAGUUCUGCUCAUUGUCGUGGCUCUCACGGAGAAUUGCCGUGCUAUGCUGGUAUACCUCCUGGUAGCUGCAAUGGUAUGGAUGAGCAUACUAACGCUGGCCAUGACCAAGAUCGGUCGCGCCUGCAUACGGUUCAAGGAUGCUGCGAAAAUCAAAGAUGAGCAACACAGGCUGGCUAACCUGGCUUGCGUCAGUGGUCUAUUCACGUUCCUUGGGGCAGGUGUAUACUUCUUCUCUUUCAUCGUGGUGUUCAGCUUCUACCACUUCAGGUACGUGCGCCGCGCCAUCUUGUUGCACGAAGCGGAGUGUGAAUGA